AGUCGGACGUGCCCGCGGAGCUGCGAGUUGCCAACGGGUCGCAAAAGUUCGUGAACUUCACGUCUACCAUCCAGAAUCAGCUGCUGCUCGUGUCCCUGCUGGAGCACCUCUGCCACAUGUACACACACAGCCCCGUCCGCUCCAGGUGGUUGUUCCGCAUCCUUCGUCAAGCUUUCACAAGAACAGGGUUGCUCUCCCCUUUUGCCUUCUGUGAUGAAUUUAGUACUGUGAGACUGCAGCAUAAUAGAGCCAUUACUGAGCUAAUGAGAGCAGCUAAUCGACAAAUACUUAAUGGGGAACUUGAUAAUGGAGAUUCUCAUGCAAUUGGGGAAAAAGAAGUUAUCUUUGAAGCCCAGACUUCACGGUACUUGAAUGAAUUUGAUGAGGUUGCAAGGCUGGGAAAAGGAGGAUAUGGUACAGUAUACAAGGUCAGAAACAAGUUAGAUGGCCAGUUCUAUGCUAUUAAAAAAAUUAACAUAAAGAAAGCUACAAGAAGAGACUGCAUGAAGGUGCUACGAGAAGUUAAAGUGCUGGCUGGGCUGCAGCAUCCUAAUAUCGUAGGCUAUCACACUGCUUGGAUGGAAUAUGUGCAAACAGUACACCCAAAAGAUAAAACAAUAAUGGACCUGCAGCCAUUAUCUUUGGAGCAAGAGAGUGGCAAUCAUUACUGUCACAUUCAGAGUGUGGAAAGUAGUAGUUCAAUUAUCUUUGCUGACCUCACUUCACAAGAAAAGAAGUCCUGUGACAGCACUGCCCUUAGAGAUCUGGGUAGUGAACUGGUGCAGAAUAUGGACAUAAGGAAUGAUUUUACAAACGGCAAUAGUAAAGAGUGUUUGCAACCAAAUAUAUGUGAAUUAUCCAUGGAGUUACAAGAAGACUCUGUAAGUAGUGUUAACAGUGGAUCAACGGAUGUGACAAAUCAUUCAGCACGGGGAGCUCAUGCUGGUCUGCACCAGGAUGCUAGCACGGGAAGCGAGUCCUGCGCUGAAGAACGCUCCAGGAGUGAUGUCACGCUCUGCGGAGGGUUCGAGGUGGAGUAUCGUUUGAUGCUUCAUAUACAAAUGCAACUGUGUGAAAUAUCCUUGUGCGAUUGGAUUGUUGACCGCAAUAAAAGAUGCAACGAGGAAACUCCCAACUUUCACUUGGUUUUAGGUCCGUACCACAUUGUAGAUGUCUGCCAGACAAUGAAGAUUUUUCAGGCGUUGGUAGAAGGCGUGUGCUAUAUCCACAGGAUGGGAGUGAUGCAUCGAGACAUUAAACCCAGAAAUAUCUUUCUACAUGGAUCAGAUCAACAUGUAAAAAUAGGAGACUUCGGAUUAGCCUGCAAAGACCUUCUCUGGGAUGAUGCAGACCAGUGGUUUAAGGCAGAAAGGACAAAUGGAUUGACACAUACUUCAGGCGUGGGGACUUGCCUCUACGCCUCACCAGAACAAUUGCAGGGAUCCCACUAUGAUUUCAAGUCAGACAUGUACAGCAUGGGGGUUAUCCUGCUGGAACUCUUCCAACCAUUUGGAACAGAAAUGGAAAGAACAGAAGUUCUUAUACAUUUAAGGAAUGGCCAAAUUCCUCAUACUUUCUACCAAAAAUGGCCUGUUCAAGCCAAGUACGUGAAACUCCUCACCAGUCAGAGAUCUACAGAAAGACCAACUGCUGCUCAGCUUCGGGAGAGUGAAUUAUUUCAUACCUCAGAACAUGUUAUUUCUAACCUGCAGCAGAAGGUGAGACAGCAGGAGGAAGAAAUAGAGAAGCUGAGAGAGAGAAUAAGACUGCUUUCUGAAGAACAAGAUGAACAGACAAGACUGGGCUCUCCUGUCUGAAUAUAGGAAGAACAAACCUCUAUUGUAUGCUAAGUUAUAUAAAACUGUUUUUUAACAAAAAAAAAAUUUCAGUGCAUUUUUA